AGUCAAGUAUUAAUAGUGGGAAGGAGAGUGUACACUUCACUGGAGGGCUGUCAGGCACAGCAGCUCGCAUCCCACAUCAGCCUGAAGGUCGCGCAGGAGUGCAGUUGGGGUUGGUGCUGUGGCGAUGGAGCAGAGUGAGCUGCGGCGCCGCCCCUGGGCGUCCCAGGCAGACCGCAAGGUUCUGAGCGAGGCUGAGCUCGAGGAGAUGGCACCGAGAACCCAGGCUCCGCGGCCAUCUCUCUGCAGCAGGGUCUGGGACGUAAGGUGCUCAUGUGGCGCUGCCAAGUCCCUUCUCUUCCGGUUCCUGCCGGUCCUGAGCUGGCUGCCCCGGUACCCAGUCAGGGACUGGGUCCUCGGUGAUAUUGCCUCGGGGUUCAGUGUGGGAAUCAUGCACCUCCCCCAGGGUUUGGCCUAUGCACUCCUGGCAGGGGUGCCUCCCGUCACCGGCCUCUAUACAUCCUUAUAUCCUGUCGUCCUGUACUUCCUGUUUGGGACAUCUAGGCACAUUUCAGUGGGUCCCUUCGCUGUCAUCUCCGUCAUGAUUGGCAGCGUGACAGGCUCGCUGAUGCCCAACAGCAACUUCAUGGAUCCGGUCAAUGGCACGAAUGAGACAGUCCUCAACGAGGCAAGGAGAGACAGCGCCAGGGUGGAACUAGUGGCUACACUCACCAUGCUGGUGGGUAUCUUCCAGAUAGCCCUGGGGAUGCUGCAGUUCGGAUUUGUGGUCACCUACCUGUCCGAGCCCUUGGUGCGGGGGUACACCACAGCCGCUGCCGUCCACGUGCUGGUCUCCCAGCUGAAGUACGUCUUUGGGGUGGAGGUGGCUGAGCAGUCAGGGCCAUUUUCCAUGUUCGCUGCCUUCAUUGAGAUCUGCACCAAGCUGCCACAGACCAACAUGGGCGCCCUGGUCACUAACCUGAUCGCCAUGGUCACCAGCCUCCCUGUCAAGAUGCUCAGUGCCAAGUUCGCCUCCAAGCUCCCCAUGCCCAUCCCCAUAGAAUUCAUCAUGAUCGUCGUCUCCACGGGGAUCUCCUAUGGAGCCAGCCUGAAGACCAAGUUUGGGAUUGCUGUUGUGGGCAACAUCCCCAGUGGGAUGAAACCACCAGUGGCUCCCAAUGUCAGCUACUUUGGGCAGGUGGCGGGCAAUGCCUUUGCCAUCGCCGUGGUGGGCUAUGCCAUCUCCAUCUCCAUGGGCAAGAUCUUUGCCCUGAAGCACGGCUACAAGGUGAACAGUAACCAGGAGCUGUUCGCCUUGGGGAUUUGUAAUUUUGUGGGCGGCUUUUUCCAGUGCUUCAGCAUCAGCUGCUCCAUGUCCCGGACCCUGGUGCAGGAGGCCACUGGAGGAAACAGUCAGGUGGCCGGGGUUAUCGCCUCACUUCUCAUCUUGGUGACCAUUUUGAAGAUUGGGCAGCUCUUCCAAGACCUACCCAAAGCCAUCUUAGCUGCCAUCGUCAUUGUGAACCUGAAGGGCAUGUUCAAGCAGUUCACAGACCUCCGCAUGCUAUGGAGGUCCAAUCGCAUAGAUCUGCUCAUCUGGCUCGUGACCUUCGUGGCCACCCUCCUGCUGAACCUAGACAUGGGGCUGGGGGUCUCUGUGGCGUUUGCCCUGCUCACGGUCAUCUUUCGGACCCAGCUGCCCCGCUACUCCAUCCUGGGGCAGGUUUCCAACACAGACAUCUACAGAGACAUGGUGGAAUAUAACAAGACUGAGGAAAUUCCAGGUGUGAAGAUUUUCCGCUCUUCUGCCACAGUGUAUUUUGCCAACGCUGAGCUGUAUGCAGAGGCCCUGAAAGAGAAGAGUGGCAUUAAUGUCGAUUACCUCAUUGGGAAGAAGAAGAAAGCCCUCAAGAAACAGAAGCAGCAGCAGGAGAAGGACAAGAAGGAAGAGGCAAAGAAGAAAAAGGAGCUGGGGAGUCACUGCAAUGGAUCUGGUCCUGCAGCGGUUGACUCCAAUGGAAGCGAGAUAGAGUUGGAGCUCCAAGCCAGCAGCACCCAAAAAGCCUUCAAUGAACCCACCCUGGAGUCUUUAGGUCUCAAAAAGCCCAACCUCCACUCCCUCAUACUGGACUUCACCCCCGUCAACUUUGUGGAUACUGUCUGCAUAAAGAUCCUAAAGAACAUAUUCAGAGAUUUCCGGGAGAUAGAAGUGGAUGUGUUUCUUGUUGGCUGCCAUGCUUCUGUCAUUGACCAGCUGGAAAAGGGCAACUUCUUCAGCCAAACCAUCACCAAGCACCACCUCUUUGCCUCCGUGCACGAUGCUAUUACCUAUGUCACCAGGGGGAAGGGACAGAACAUGCCACAGCCGGUCACAACUUAUUCCAGCACUAAACUGUAGCCACCAGAAACAGCAUCUACUGUCCCCAGGAGCUGAACAGGUGAGAGGGAGCUACCAAGGCACCUUUCCAGAGGACUCUUUGAGCUGGCUGAUUUUUACAAGGGCAGGUGACAUGGGAUUCCCUGCCACUAGGAAUCUAGCAGACACAAGAUCUCCUACUGCUAAGGAUCUGCUUUGGGCACUGGAGACCUGAGAUCAUCUGCCCUUGGGACCCCACUUAGCUACUGGACAAACUGGGAAUCUAUCUCAAAGAUGAAAUCUCCUUCUGCUGGGAAUCUUCUCCAGACACAGGAGAUCUGGGAUCUCACGGGCUUAUGAAUCCACUUCACACACAAGAUUUUCUGCCCCUGUGAAUCCCCUCAGACCCAGGAACCAUCUCUGAUUGUGUCUGUGUGCGUGUGCGGCUCUUUCCCUUGAGUGGUGGUGUCCCUAGUCUCUGUUUGCCAGAAACUGGGAAUGAGUGACGGGAUGGAUCACUUGAUGAUUACCUGUUCUGUUCAUUCCCUCUGAGGCACAGGGCAUUGGCCACUCGCAGAAGACAGGAUACUGGGCUAGAUGGACCUUUGGUCUGAACCAGUGUGGCCAUUCUUAUGAAAUAUCACUGGAGAGAAGCUGCACUUGAGAGUUUUCCACUUGACUGUUUAAUUAGAUGAUGCUUUUCAAUAGAAACAGACAAACAGUUCUAUUGACAGUGCAAAACUUCCUGCAAAGAGCAAUACUGAACCAGCCCGCAAUCUGGAGGCUAUCUAAGAUUUUGUCCCCUCCCUGCAUCCCAUUUCCAACUUUGUGGGUAAAAUAACCAAGAGCAAAAUCCGACCUUGCCUCAUGGGGCAAGCUGUGACUAUGCACAGAUUUUAUUAUAGAGAGAGAACAGUAAAAUCAGAGUAUCACUCUCUGGCGUGCAAUCCAGACCAGUAAGGGGUUGUCAUCACCUGCCCUGCAACCUUGGGUGCCUCACAAUGCUUUGCUGAAACUCCCAAUCUGGGCCCCUCACAAACAGCACGCAGGUCACAGCCUGAGUGUCUGUGUAUAGCUGCAGCCUGCCAGCAUGCUCCAGCCACACCCUGGCUUCCACCAGAAUUGGUUACCACUUGCAGGGUGAUUCCAACUCACUCCCAGUCCUGGAUUUUCCCCAAAGAAUGUGUGUUCGGCACCAUACAGCCCUUUCCUGGACAGUCCAGAUAUUAGUCUGUUGUCCCUGUACGAGGUAAAUGUACAACAGUUGCUACUUUAACUGGAUUCAGAGUAACAGCAGUGUUAGUCUGUAUUCGCAAAAAGAAAAGGAGGACUUG